GCACUCGCCGUCCCUUUGCGCAGGCGCCGUCUGCAGUCCAAGCGCGGCACUAUGCCGGCCGCUCACGCCUCGCGUGUCCGGGCCUUGUAUCGCCGCAUUUUACUGCUGCACCGCGUUCUGCCCCCAGACCUUAAAGCCCUUGGUGACCAGUACGUGAAGGACGAGUUUAGGAGACAUAAGACGGUUGGUUCCGACGAAGCCCGGCGUUUCUUGCAGGAAUGGGAGGCGUAUGCAGCAGUGCUAUGGCAACAAUCUAAGGAAAACAGACAAAACUCAACCGAGAAACCAUGCUUUGGGAUCGCCCUGCCAGAAGAAAAACUUAAUGACUUUCGGGAUGAACAAAUAGGACAGCUGCAGGAGCUGAUGCAGGAGGCCACUAAACCCAACAGGCAGUUCAGUAUCUCUGAGUCUAGAAAACCGGAAUUUUAGUCUGUACAAUAAAGCUUCACAAAGCAGUUGAAGUUCAGAACCCCUUAUUUUAACUAUCAUUGGUUUUUAAAAUUUAUUUCUUCAGCUCUUGGACUUUGAGAGUACCUGGUGUUAAUGAAUUACAUUUUGUUAUUUGAGGGUGUUAUGAAUGUUCUCUGUAACGUAUAGAUGAAGUUCACCAGUGGACAGAACUUUACAUUAUUGAGACCUUGGCACCAUCUUAUGCUGAUACGUUUGUUUGAAAGAAAAGUGGUUUUGCCGUGUGCAACACUGAGUGACUUGCCUUUUCCCUCUGGCUUCUUGAAUUUAUUUGAUCAAGACAUGCAUCUUGACCCCCAAGAUGAGUGAAUUUGCAACACAAAUGUACUUCUUUCUGCUAAUUUUGUGUUCUGUGUAUAUCUAAGUCUGACAGAAAUAUACAGAAAUGCUGGUGUCAGUUGGCAAUUACGGGCUUAAAUAAAUGUCUUAUUGUUAUACAAA